AUGGCAUCACCUAACCCCACCACGGCGACUACCCGUCCACAGCGGCCGGUGCUGCAGCAGACCUUGCGCAGUAAAUCGUUCCUUCAAGAUCACCAGCAAUACAAGCCCUCGGUCCCUGUGAAUCAGACAAUAGGCAAUAUCCUGGGGAGCGCGAUCGAGUCCGGUGUGGGCUCUUUAUCCCUUAACGCCAACCCUAUCAGCCCCGAUCCCGAGAAGGUGACCGACAGCGGCAUCAUUCAUAGCAUCUUCAACCACCAAGGGAAUCUCCUUCCUACCGGCACCCCACAGGUCAUUGCGACCAUAUUCUACAAGUCCUCCGAUCCCGUUCAUCCCCAUCUCCAUCCGGACUCGUCACCUCGACCUGGAAAUACACUGCCGUCCCCCAUGGUUCCUGUGGGCUCCGCCCCGACAGUGGAUAUGGAGAAGAUUCCGAGAGAACCUCCAGCGCCGGAACCCGAACCGUUGGAUCAUCUUUAUGGACCCUUCGUAUCGCAAUUGUGUCUGACCAACUUCCUUCAAAUCAUGGAAUCUCUUCCGAUCCCUUACCAGCGCAUGAAUACCUCCCACCGCUGUAUCGACCAACAAGACCAGCCUCGUGUUGUUGAGGUCACCGUCGCGCCGCCUCCUAACCCAGACUAUCUCACAUUCACGGACCUUCGGAAACACGAGAGUAUAUGGCGGUUUGAGCGUGAGUGGAACGUGGAGGUUGUACUUCAGAAGGAGAGCGUCUUCCGCCGGCAUAAGCGGCUGGUGGUGUUUGACAUGGAUAGCACUUUGAUUCAGAAUGAGGUUAUUGACGAGAUUGCUAAGGUCAUUGGUGUAGAGAAGGAAGUCUCGGAAAUCACGAAUCGUGCCAUGAACGGUGAGCUGGACUUCUCGGCGUCGCUCAGGGAGCGUGUCAGUUUGCUGAAGGGGGUCCCUGCGGAUGUUUAUGAAAAGCUGAAGACCAUUCUUACCAUUUCCCCCGGCGCACGUGAGCUGUGUAAGGCUUUGAAGACUCUUGGCUGCAAGUUGGCCGUUCUAAGUGGAGGGUUCCAGCCUCUUGCGGAAUGGUUGGCUGGCGAACUUGGUAUUGAUUACGCACACGCCAACCAUCUCGAGGUUGACCCGACGACCCAAACCCUAACUGGUAGACUUGUUCCGGAAUAUCCCAUUGUUGAUGCGACUCGGAAGCGGGCCCUUCUGCAGUCGAUUGCUGCAGACCACGGCAUUCCGAUUUCCCAGACCAUGGCUGUUGGCGAUGGUGCCAAUGAUCUUCUCAUGCUCCACGCAGCCGGACUUGGUGUCGCCUGGCGCGCAAAGAGCAAGGUACAGCUCGAGGCUCCCACUCGCCUGAAUGGCGAAAGCCUCGUGGAUAUACUCUAUCUUCUUGGUCUCACCAAGGACGACAUUAAAGAAUUGACCUCCGAGGCAGUAUGA